AUGCCGUCCCAAAAGUCCUUCCGCACCAAGCAGAAGCUUGCAAAGGCGCAGAAGCAGAACCGCCCCAUCCCCCAGUGGAUUCGCCUGAGGACCGGCAACACCAUCAGGUACGCUCUACCCACGAUCCGCACGCUCUCGCCGCUUCCGAUCUCCGUCACUAGAGACGACGAGGACACGAGAAUAUGA